CAUAAACCAAGGUUGUUGGAAAUUUGACAGCUAGGAAAUGGGGAAUAGGUAAAAAAAAAACUAUUAGGUGGCAACUGCGGCUUAAAUAGAAAAUGUCAAAAUUGGUGAAAAGAUUCUGCAAAGUAGCAUUAUUUUGGCGCUACAUACGAAAGUCAGCACAACCGUUUCGCGGGGGUGAGUGCAAAAGUAUGUCUUCAGCUGAAAAAAGUGGUCUGGCUAUAAAGAAGUUACGUGAAUUCGGCUAUGCUUUCAAUGCAGAUAGAUGGACAAUUGCGGAAAAUUGAUGACAUUACUGGAGAGCCAGGAGAAGAGCCAUUCAAAUUCAGCAUAUCUGAUGAUCACAAAAAAAAUCAGGAGCAUUAUGAACAAUUAGCUGAUCAAAUUCCUGAAAUAGUCUAUGAUUUAUUGGAGCAAAAUGGUUUAAGUCGCACUUACGUUCCGGAGGAUAUACCGCAAGAGCAAGCCACAUUCAUUUUUACUAACCCUCAAAAGCUCGUAGAACCCAAAAAAUUGAUUGUGUUAAUCCACGGUAGUGGUUAUGUUAGAGCGGGACAGUGGGCCAGAAGCCUCAUAAUUAACAAUUCUAUUGACCAUGGUACUCAGAUCCCCUAUAUAAAACGCGCUCAGUCUCUUGGCUAUGAUAUUUUGGUGACAAAUACAAAUGACAAUUUUCGCAACAUUAACGGGGAAAAUCAUCCAAUUCCACGUCUUGGUCAUGCAACAGCACACGCUAGAUAUGUAUGGGAAAAAUAUGUAAUGGGUUGUAACCCUGAGAGCGUAGCCAUUGUAGCUCACAGUUAUGGUGGUGCAAUUGCGAUGGAUUUAGCAAAUCGAUUUACUAAAUUUUUCGAAGAUAAAGUGUUUGCUAUUGCCCUAACAGACUCCGCUCAUUUCCAAAUACCAGUAAAAGCAAAACACGUUGUUUUGGACAUUGCAUGCAAUUGGGUAUCUAGUUCUGCCCCACUCGAUACGGAAAUUUAUACGGGGGAGGGUGAAAUGCAUAGUGUAUCGGCAGGGCAUCCUAAACAUGAAUGGACUUCCUAUUCUGCCUUUGAAUCAGUUUUCAAGUUCUUAGAAGAGAAAUAUGAACGAAGUCAAGAGAUUGGAUCAAUAAGUAAAAAGGCGAAAACGGAGGAUUAAUUAUACAUACGAAAUAUUUGUUCAAUAACACAUUUAACGGAUUCAGAAUUGAGUAUGUGUUAAUUGAUUUCAAAGUUUUAUUUGUCGGCCACGGCUAAGGAUUUUUUGUAUCACUGGAUAAUCACGGGCAAAUCUUUAUAAAUGUUGUGCAUUUUUUGUUUGUAUUUUUUAAUGCAUGGGUAAUGUGUACAUUCCAUUAAAUAUUGCAUUUAACAUUUUGUUCCAUCAGCAUAUUCCAAUCUUAUUAAUAUACAUAUGUCAGUAUUGCGUAUGUCAA